AUGAGGGCCAAUGGAGCGCGCAGCAGAGAAGCAAGAGGGAAGGGGGACAAGUUCGGGGCCGACCUGGGAGAGCAGCAGCAGCAGCAGGGGAAGGAGAAGGAGGAGAAGGAGGAGAAGGAGGAGGGGGAGCAGGGGGAUGAGCUGUAUCGCAGUUUUGGGUAUGAGGAGUACAGAUGGCAGCCCGCAGGGUGCUCGCUGCCUGCCUUCAAUGCCUCUGACUUCCUCACCAGGGUGCGGCAUCGCAGCAUUGUGUUUGCAGGCGACUCCCUCAGCCAGCAGCAGUUCCUCUCCCUCCUCUGCCUCCUCGCCCCCACCCCCCGCUUCAUCCCCCUCCCCUCCCCGCCUCCGCCGCACCUCCCCGUCCCCGCUCCCUCCUCCCCUCUCUCGCAACCAUCCAACCUGAACCAACCUCACUCCCUAAACCCCGACCCAUCUCAGCCUGACACUCUCAACACUGCUGGGGCAGCAGCUCAAGCAGCAGAGGGCGCAGCAGAGGGCGCAGCAGAGGGCGCAGCAGAGGGCGCAGCAGAGGGCGCAGCAGAGGGCGCAGCAGAGGGCGCAGCAGAGGGCGCAGCAGGGGGCGCAGGAGAGGGCGCAGCAGCAGAGGCAGGUGUGGAGGUGGUGGCAGUGGGGCACCUGUUCGGGCUGUCGUGGGCGAGGAGACCUGUGGCGGGCACGGAGAGGGGCGCUGCCUUCUGCACCGCCCACCACUGGACCCACGACAGCUUCCAGCGCUACAACCUCGCCCUCCAAACCUCCCCCACUACCCGCCCAGCCCUUCUCCCAGCCAGCCAAUCAGACAACGCCACAGUGUACUCUGUGCUGCGGCAGGAAGCAUUGACAGCUGUUCUUGGUAACAUCACCUCCACUAUAGUCACACUGCGAGGAGCAGCAGCAGCAAACAGCACAAGCAGCAACAGCAGCCCUGGGGGACACGAAGCAGGGUCGUAUCCUCCCGUGCUUGCAAGCAGUGGCAGCACUGAGUCUUCCCCCCAGCCACACCCGUCCCACAGCAUGGGAGGUGCGUCAGCAAGCAUCGCAGCGCUGUCCAGGGACGCGCGCAUGGCCAUGGGCCCGCCUCCUCUCGUGCUGCUGCGCACGCUGUCUCCAGCGCACUUUGCUGCCGGCACGUGGAGCACAGGCGGACGCUGCGACGGGUUUCAGGACCCACUACCAGCAGAGGAGGCAUGUGUCGGCACGGGGCAAUGCAGGGACACAGCAGCCGAGGAUGCUAUCUGUGCUGCAGCAGAGGUGGGGAGAGCAUUGGCAGAGGCAGAUGGGGCAGAGGGCACGGAAGUAGCGCAAGCAGGGGCAGAGCGGGCAGAAGCAGGAGCGGUGCGAGCAGCAUCAGCAGGAGAUGAAGGAGUUAGGGCAGCAACAGCUUCAGGGGGGCUUCGAGAAGCAGCAGAGGGUGCAUCAGCCCUUUCAGUAACAUGGCUACGCUUGAUGAACGUCUCUUUUCUCUCUGCUCUAAGGGCCGAUGCGCAUGUGGCAUCAUUCUACACCCACCGCAGAGCACCAAAGCAGAAACGCAGAGAGUUUGAAACGGAAGGGGCUAAAGGCAGCUCUCAGUUUGAUGCAGAGGCCACAAGGAGUGGGCAGUGGAGCUUGCCUUUCCUCGAAGCUGGCUUGGAAGGUGCCGUGUCUAAUGUGACAGGACAAGAAGCUCUGGGGGAUUCGAGAGAGAAUACCAUACCUGGUGAUGGAGUGGGGACGCUUGUGCGAGACUUCGGUGCAACCGAUGCCACUACUGCUUGA